GUCCGGUGAACGAAGAGUUGGCAAGCGAAGAAUUGGUGAGCAAAGAAUUGGUGGGCAAAGAAUUGGCAAGCAAAGAAUUGGCAAGCGAAGAAUUGGUGGGCAAAGAAUUGGCAAGCGAAGAAUCGGCAAGCGAAGAAUUGGUGAGCAAAGAAUUGGCAAGCGAAGAAUUGGUGAGCAAAGAAUUGGCAAAUGAAGAAUUGAUGAGCAAAGAAUUGGCAAGCGAAGAAUUGGUGAGCAAAGAAUUGACAAGCGAAGAAUUGAUGAGCAAAGAAUUGUCAAGCGAAGAAUUGGUGAGCAAAGAAUUGGCCGAAGGCGGAUUAAUGAACAAAGAAUUGAUUUACAAGCCAUUAGAUACCACACAUUUCAAGAAUGAUGAUGAAUGGGAAAAACUUACCGAAUUUCAUGAAAAUAUUUUUAAUGACGAUUAUGAUAGUGGUUAUGAGAUUGUUGCUGUAAAGAGUCUUCAUGAUUCUUCCGAUGAUUUGAAAUUUCUGGAUGAAAUCAUUCCUACUUUGCAAACAAAAUUUGAAAGACAUCCAGAUGCUAUAUAUAAAAGUAAAUUCACAAGCACUAAACAGUUGUCGAGUUUAUUAAGCUUAGAUACGGAAUAUUUAACUGAUUCGCAUUACGAAAUUUUUGAUGUUUCUGAAA